CUGGGCUCAGCCUGUGUUCCUGCCGCCGGCUGGGUGCUGCUCCCUUCUUGGAGGGAAAGCUCUCUUGGAAGAGCCAGAAAGGUGUGGGCCCAGGAGCUGAGGAUACUUAUGAACAAAACUUGAGUUUUUGUCUUUAAGAAGCUCCAAGUCUACUGAGUGUAGCAGAGACCAGGGAGAGGACACUUCAGAGAGACGACACAGCACACGCAAAGACCAAGAAGGCAGGGACAGCAAAUCUUAUGUGAGCCCGAGUCGGCCAUGCUGGCGCUGCUGUGUUCCUGCCUGCUCGUGGCGGCCGGAGCCUCGGACGCCUGUCUAGACCAGGACCUGGGCGAGCACAUCCGAGACACGCACGCCAAGGUGACGCAGAUCUGGCAGGAGCUCGCGCGGCCGCGGGGGGACGGCGCGCAGGACGCCCCGCUCUACGCCGUCUGCCCCGUGCGGCCCUCGGCCUCGCUGGACGCCGCGCAGCCCCGCGUCGCCGGCCUGGUCCUCUUCCGGCAGCUCGGGCCCGGCGCCAGGCUCGAGGCCUUCUUCGACCUGGCGGGCUUCCCGGCCGAGCCGAACAGCUCCAGCCGCGCCAUCCACGUGCACCAGUUCGGGGACCUGAGCCAGGGCUGUGAGUCCACCGGGCCCCACUACAACCCGCUGGGCGUGCCGCACCCGCAGCACCCGGGCGACUUCGGCAACUUCGCCGUGCGCGACGGGCUCCUCUGGAAGUACCGCGCCAACCUGGCCGCGUCGCUCGCGGGCCCGCACUCGAUCGUGGGCCGCGCCGUGGUGGUCCACGCCGGCGAGGACGACCUGGGCCGCGGCGGCGACCAGGCCAGCGUGGAGAACGGCAACGCGGGCCGCCGGCUGGCCUGCUGCGUGGUGGCCCUGAGCGGGCCCGCGCCCUGGGCGCGCCAGGCGCAGGAGAACAUGGAGCGCAAGAAGCGGCGGCGCGACAGCGAGUGCAGGGCCGCCUGAGCGCCCGAGACCCCACCCCGCCCCCGAGUUCUCUCUCCGCCCCCGGGACGCCCCACCCCGACGUCUUGCCUUCGCCAUGGCUGAGCACCCCCCACGAACCCUCUCCACCUGAGGUCUCCCUGAAUGUGCCGAGACACCCGGCCUUCCCUCCCAGCCCCCCACCCAGUAGCUCUGAGGGCCUCCGGUUGUACCGAAAUACCUUACGCACCCCAGGGUCUCCUGGACUGCCUGAGGUCCCUUUCCCCCUGGACCCCCCAUCCCCACCCUACGACCCCUGAGACCUCUCUGUGCCCGGACGACCUCCCCUUUCCCCUUCCUUCAGGUUCCUCCUAGGCACUCUGAGACCCCUCCUGAGGUUGCCUAGGGCCCCCCUCUCGGCGCUCUCCACUGCCCCUAAGGCCAGCCGGCCAGCCAGCCAGCCAGCGCAGUCCCAAGUCAGGCCCCCUGCCCAGCGUCUUCAGCUGUGUCCCAUCCACCGCCACUCCAGGGAAAGCUGUUCCUUUGGGGGAUGUUUGGCAAUCUUUGUGUUGCACAUUAAAAUUCAGCGAUUCAGAACCGCA